GCCCCUACGUGUGACGUGCAAUCUCAAAACCGUUAUGAAUGUGGAUGGCUUGGAAUCGAUAGACAAACCUGCUUGAGGAGAGGCUGUUGCUGGGAUGAAAGCGAUCCAAACGCAAAGUACUGCUACGUUAAAGGACACACGAGUAAGCCUUGAUUAGGUGACAGUGCAGCUAAGAGAGGCACUGUAAAAAAGUUUGGUGACCGCAUUUUUGCGACUCAAAAGCCUGCAUUCUCGCAAGUUUUCGAAACACGUCACAAACUUACGCUUAAGGAUAUGAGCUCCUGACGCUUAACGUUUCCUUGAAGAAGGAAAAUUGAUUCGACGACUUCGUAACCAGGAGCAAAUAUUUUCCAGUUAAAAGUUUUUUUUCCUUUUGAAACAAUUGAAGAUAAAUUUGCAUUAAUGGCAACCCAAAGAUGUUACUUUUGUUACAGUACCAUACAAUAGAUAUAGAAUACAAUGCAAUGCAACGUGAUUCAAUAAGAUAAAUUCAAAUAAUAUGUAGAUUUAUAAAACUGUCUUUCAAAGCAAAUUUUUCUGAGCCUGCGAUCACUUGAAUACCUUCACUCGUCUGCGGAAAACUAUAAAAAAACAUGUCUCCUCACAGUUGUACACCUGAGCUCGCAAUACAGUCAUGUGACACUGGUCAGCGGGUAUUCUAUGACAGUUGACAGCUGUUAAUUGAUCAUGGAUGUAGGGUAAGACACUUAACAUCCGCUUACAUGAGCGGGUGGACGUACGCAAGUACGUACGAACGAUUUUCUCAGAACCAAAAUUUCUUGGAUGCAUGGAUAACCGAAUUUUCAUGGUGCUCCGUUGCUCUAGAGGUCCACCAUAAAUACGUACUAUUAUUUUGUUAAGAAUCAUCACUGGUUAAUAAAGGGUAUACGGAUGUUAAAAUCUAUACAGAUCUUCCUGAUGGACUUUGUCCCGUGGCUCCAUCUGAACGUGUGGAAUGUGGAUAUUAUGGGAUAACAAAGGAGGAAUGUCUUAACAGAGCAUGCUGCUGGGAUGAAACAGUGACAGCGUUCGGUGCUAGGUGGUGCUUCAAACAGCCGAGUAAG